AUGGAUCAUCGCGAUUGCACUAUCGCGUGGGUUCUGCCCUCAUCUGAAUACCAUAAGACUGCUGAGGCAUUCUUCGACGAAGUCUACAACCAGGUUCAUACACCCCUCCAGAUGACCUACAGCAUUGGAAGAAUAGGUCAGCACAAUGUCGUAGCUGCAAGCAAGACGCCUGGUGCUACGUCUCUACACACUGGAGAUCUUGUCGACAACUUGCUGGGGGACUUCCCGUCCAUUCGGGCUGGUUUCCUAGCGAGUGUUGACGCUAUUGCGUCGUCCACAGCGGGCAUUGUUCGCGUGGGUGAUGUCAUUGUUGGCACAAAAAACCUGCAGAGUGCUGUGGUGUACUUUGAUGCGAAGCAAACCAUAUCUCAGCAGCGGCUUGUUUUGACCCGCGAGCCACGACGUAUCCCUGAAUGUGCAGCAAUGGCCAUUAAAUCCGUCCGCACCCAGGAGGGGCGCAAUGCCUGGCUGAAGGCACUCGGUGAGGCCAGCCAGAAGAACCAGCGAAAGGCUUACGGCGGUGCGAUAGGAUCUUCCCCAGAGUUUCUCAACUAUGCUGCUGUCAACGAUCGCGUUGUCAACGAGCGCGGGAUUCUCUGCCUUGAAACAGCUGCUGCAAGUAUGAACUCUCAAUCACUUGUGGUUGUCGCUGGUAUUUCUCGCCUUGAAGGCAGUAGCGAAAGCCGUACGGCGGCAAAGGUCCAUGAAGCCGUCUUCUCAUAUCUCCGUUGUAUAGCUCAUUGUAUGAGUGCCGAAAUGCUCAGCAAAGAGCCACCCUUGGCCAGCUACUUCACCUAUACACCGUUCGACUUAGACCGCGCACACUUCCGACUCCUCACCCUUCAUAAGGGCCGCAGACAAGAUGAGAUUAGUUGCAGCGUUUUUCAAGCGUGCCUUCCCGAUCGCCAAAGUCAAGAGAAGGAAGAAGUCAUCCAAGACGUCGAAACAUUCCUACCAUAUGAAGCACUGUCGUACUGCUGGGGCGACACUGGAAUACGCAAUAUGAUUACAGUCGACGGGAAAGCGCUCUUCAUCACGGACAAUCUUCUUGGAGCCCUUAAAAAUCUGAGGCGAACCGAGGUGGAUCGCAUUCUCUGGGUCGAUGCUAUUUCCAUCGACCAAAGCAACGUCAAAGAGCGGGGUCAUCAAGUUGGAUGGAUGGGUGAGGUGUACAGGCAUGCUGACGAAGUGUUAUGCUGGUUAGGUCAUGUGGAACACGCUGUUAGCCAUGUUCUUGCGCUACUCGAGAACUUCAGGACAACGGUUCCGCCAGGGGCUUGGAAGAACUGGCCUGCCACCGACGAUCGAUGGCAUCGGGUCUGGGGGGGCGUGCGUAUGAAUCAAUCACGGCACGACUAUUCUUCACAGCUUAAGUGUCUGAUGGCCAAGAAAUGGUUCAGUCGGGUCUGGAUUAUACAGGAGAUAGCCAACGCUCGCAAGGCAUCCAUUGGUUGCAGUGAGGGCUGGAUCAGCGCAAAGCCCUUCGCCAUGGCACCGACACUUCUCGAUGUCCGGCCUAGCAAUCAGUGCCAGGCAGUGAUCGAUAUCAUGCUAGGUCCGAUCCAAAAGCCCCCUGGGCGGGCUCAGAAGAUGAACAUCUGUUCCCUACUCUGGAGAUUCCGAGAAAGCCAAGCAACUGAUCCUCGCGAUCGGCUCUACGCACUAUUAGGUCUUGCUUCUGAUCUUAGGGGAAAAGAAGGAAGCAUUGUGGCAGACUACACAAAGUCGGAAGAGGCAGUUGCGGAACAGAUUUUGGCGUAUUUGCAUGAGGAUGUUACGUCGAUCGUUACCACUGGUCGGCCGGGACUUGCCAGACUUCAGGCAGACAUCCCGAGGCUUUCCGGUAUGGCGCUGGAGAAGAUUGUCUCGGCAAAGUUGGACGUCGGUAGCGUCCAAGAAUAUAUGCAGAGGGGAGAUUCAAUGAUCUGGCUCACAGAAGGUGUCGCUCGGAUAGCUGCUCAGGACGUUUGCUCAGGCGAGAAAGUAGUGGAGCUUUUGCUCAGUGAACGUGCAAAUGUCAUGGUCACAGAAGGUCUUGUUGAGGCCAUUGCUGGUAGCUUCAGCAGCGGCUGUCUACGACUUUUACUAGAGCACCAGGGCCAAGAGAUUGAGAUCACAACCCGAAUUGUCAAGGCAGCUGUAGGAAACAAGCAGUUCGGCGAGCAGUUGAUGAAUCUGCUGCUUGAUCGACGAGGCGAGGAAGUCAAGGUGACGGAGGAGGUCGUCAAGGCAGCUGUAGGAAACGAGUCGUUCGGCGAGCAGUUGAUGAAUCUGCUGCUUGAUCGACGAGGCGAGGAAGUCAAGGUGACGGAGGAGGUCGUCAAGGCAGCUGUAGGAAACGAGUCGUUCGGCGAGCAGUUGAUGAAUCUGCUGCUUGAUCGACGAGGCGAGGAAGUCAAGGUGACGGAGGAGGUCGUCAAGGCAGCUGUAAGAAACAAGCGUCUCGGCGAUGUGAUGGUGUUCGAUCUGCUACAUGUCGACGAAUGGAUUAAGUUUACGGACGGGGCUAUUAAGGAGGUCAUCAAGGCAGCUGCAGGAAAUAAGUCGUUCGCCAGGCAGUAUAUAGACCAACUGCUUCUUCGUCAUCGACGAGGCAAGGAAGUCAAGGUAACAGAGGAGGUCGUCGAGGCAGUUGAAGAAAACAAGCGGUUCGGCAAGCAGGUGAUGGACCUGCUGCAGGAUGAUCGACGAGUUCAGUUUACGAGGGAGGCUUUGAGGAAAAUUAUAGGGAGUAAGUCGUUAGGCGAGCAGGUGAGGAGGCUGCCGUAUGAUAGAUUCUCAUAUUAG